UAAGGGCAUCUCCAACAAGAGUCGUAAAGCAGUUCGUAAAUGGAUAACGGACGAUUUGCAUACCCAUUUCGUCAUUUUCGUCAAGCCAACAGAGGUCGCAAACCGAUUCGGAAAUUUACGACCCCAUUUCUGGUUCCCAUAUUUGCGACUCUGGCAAGGAGAGAGACGAAGGUCGCAAACCAGCGCGGGUGUUGAGCAACGGCUAUGAAUAGUGCCGAAAACCAGCUUCGAGUUCAGGUGCCGUACGGUGGCCGAACCGGAAAGGAAGGGGACAGCGAACCAAGAGGCCAAAGGUUGUUUGCUAACUCUCAGCCACUUGUUAGAAGGAAGUGCAGCUUUAUUGUCGGGGGGGAAUCAACAGGAAGGAAAAAUGAAGGUAGAUUUUUCUAUUCUAUUUCCUCCUUUGAUAAGGAUUGGCUUUAAGUGAUAGAGGAUGUGAUUGGAAUUAAUUUUUUAUUUGGGUAAUUUUAUUGUGUCAACAUACUUGUGUGCGUUUACUUUUGAUUAUGGCCUAUGCAGUUGAUGACUUUAUUUUUCUGUAGAACAACUUGUGUUGAUGGAUUGGUUAGUGGCUUUAAGAAUUAAGGCUAAUUCUAAACGUAGUUUGGGUUCUAUAGAUGAAUGUUAGUUCGUUUAAUAUUUUCUUAUGGGUAAUUGUUGUGCUGUUUGAACAGAGCUUGGGUUUGAUGGUGAAGUUGAGCAAUCUUUGGGUUUGAAUUGAUUGGUUUAACUUCGACAUAUAUAUAGAUUACAAAUAACUUCUCAGAGUAAAACCAACUUGAUGAAUUCAUGCGUGAUGUUUUGAAAGCUCUGAAUUGGUUAUAUGGGCUUAUUAUCUAUAUUGUUGAAUUGUUUCUUCAAUUUGAUCAGAUAUGAAUUCCCUAUACAAUUCAUAUGCAUCGUUGCUCAUGAGUGAUGAAUUAGACGAUGAUCAUCAUAUUGAUCAAUUGGAUUCACAAAUUCCAUCCGAGGUUGUGCCUUCAACAAGAACUAGUCGAAGAAGUCAAAAUUUCUCAAUUGACGAUGAUAAACUCCUUGUGUCCGCUUGGCUAAAUACCAGCAAAGAUUCAAUUCAAGGGAAUGCUCAAAAUUCUAACAGAUAUUGGCAAAGAAUUAAUGAAUUUUUCAACACCCAUGGAGGCCCCCGCACCCAAGCAUCGCUAAAACAAAGGUGGAAUGACAUUAACAAGAAGUGUCAAAAAUUUUCUGGAUAUUUAAGCCAAAUAGAAGGAAGACACCCUAGCGGACAAACCGAACAAGGAAUGCUUGAUAAUGCAAAAUCCAUGUACGCUGAAUUAGAGCGUAAACCAUUUAUGCUUGAACAUUGUUGGAUUUUAUUGAAGGAAGAAGUCAAAUGGCAAGAAACUCUCUCAAACAAGAGGCAUAAGACUUCUAGUGUCUCCCUACAUGACACUCACGAGUCAUCGAUUGGCGGAUAUGAUGAUGAACGUUCAAUUAAUCAAGAUAGACCAUUAGGCAUGGAAUUGUUUUCACGAACGUUGACCAACGGGGAUAUAUUCCAUCGGCGAGAUAAUAUCCCAUAUUGUAAUGAUGUCCAUUAAUCAUGUAAAUUGCUU